UAUUAUUAUUAUUAUUUAUUUAUUUUAAAUAUACAGUGAAGCUUUAAUAGCCGUUAACUUAAAACCAAAAAUUGAAAUUCGGUUCUUCAACAGUUGUUCAACAUUAACAACGAGGAGACUUGUUUUAUUUAUAGCAUGAUCAUUCACCAUACCGAUAUCGCAACGGAGUUUGCUACUAACUAUUGGUUCGUUUUCUCUGAUUGAUUGAUCAUCGGUUAUAAAUCUCGUUAUUCCCUUUUGGGGAUAAUUUCAAUCACAAAUUAUAAUGAUUGAUCGCAGUAGACCAUUACGAAACCUCAAAUAUCUGUCUUGUAACCCAUUUCAGUCGUUUCGUUUCUUUAAUUCCUCAGCGGUUGCACCCGAAACCCCUGAGGAAGCUACUAAUUUCACAGUUUUUCGUAACGCCCACAACCCGUUUGAUAAAACUCCUCACAGGGAUAUUUCGUAUUACAACCACUUGCUUUUUGAGCACUCGAGGAAUGGUCUGAACGUAGAAGCGUUGAAAUUUUAUGCUGUAAUUAACAGGAGCGGGGUUUUAGUCGAUGGGUGUAGCCUUUCUUGUAUAUUAAAGGUUUCUGCAGCCUUGUACAACCGUGCUUUUGGUAAACAAAUACAUUGCCAGUGUGUUAAGAAUGGGUUCUUUGAUGAUGUUAGUGUUGGAACCUCACUUGUUGAUAUGUAUGUGAAAAACGGGAAUUUGGAUGACGGCAAGCGAGUGUUCGAUGAGAUCAAAGAGAAGAAUGUAGUAACUUGGACAUCGUUACUCACAGGCUAUUCACAGAAGGGGAUGAUUCGAAAGGUCGUAGAAAUUUUUAGCCUGAUGAAAUUUGAAGGAGUUGAACCGAACCCUUUCACGUUUGCAACUGUUCUUGGAGCUUUGGCAGAUGAAGGCGAACUAGAUGCUGGAGCUCAAGUGCAUAGUAUGGUUAUCAAGAGCGGUUUUGAUUCAAUCCGGGUUGUGGGGAACUCUUUAGUUAGUCUUUACUCGAAAUCUGGGAUGACGAAAGAGGCUAUAUAUGUCUUUGAUAGCACAGAAUGUCGGGAUUCGGUUUCUUGGAAUGGGAUGAUUGCAGGCCUUAUUACAAACGGGCUUGAGUUCGAUGCUCUCGAUAUGUUGUAUAGGAUGAGGUGUGCAGGUGUAAAAUUCACGGAAACAACUUUCGUGAGUGUUGUUAAGUUGUGUGCGAACCUUAAAGAAUUCGUUCUCGCCAGACAGAUCCAUUGCCAGGCUGUCAAGAGCGGGUUCGGUUGUUUCGACAACAUUCGAACGGCGCUUAUGGUGUGCUACAUGAAAGGUUGUGCGAUGGACGAUGCAGCCAAGAUUUUCUUGGUUACAUCCACGGUUCAAAGUGUGGUGUCUUGGACAGCAAUCAUUGGAGGGUACAUGAAGAACUCUCGAACAGUAGAAGCACUAAAUAUGUUUCUCGAAAUGCGAAGAGAAGAUGUCAGACCUAAUCAUUACACUUAUUCGACAAUACUUGCAGCUCUUCCAACCAAUUCCUUGUUUCAAGUGCAUGCAGAAAUCGUCAAAACCAAUUACGAAAAAUCGCCUUCAGUAGGCACAGCAUUGCUCGAUGCGUAUAUCAAGAUAGGAAAGACCGACGAUGCUUCGAAAGUUUUCAAACGAAUUGAAGAUAAGGAUGUCGUUGCUUGGUCGGCAAUGCUAGUCGGAUAUGCCCAAGAAGAGGAUAUCGAAGGAGCUGUAAAUAUUUUCGAUCAGUUAACUAAGGAAGGUGUCGAUCCAAAUCAUUUUACUUUCUCUAGUAUAAUCAAUGCAUGUGCUACACACUCGGCCGCAUCAGAGCAGGGGAAGCAGUUUCAUGCAAGCUCAAUCAAAUAUCGGUAUAACAACACUCUGAUUGUAAGCAGUGCCCUUUUAACAAUGUACGCCAAAAAAGGCGAUAUCGAGAGUGCCUACGAAGUCUUCAAAAGGCAGAAGGAAAGAGACUUAGUUUCUUGGAACUCGAUGAUCUCAGGGUACGCGCAACAUGGCUACGGGGAAAAGGCGCUAAAAAUAUUUAAGGAAAUGCAAAAGAAAAACAUGGAAAUGGACGAAAUCACGUUUAUCGGUGUCAUUUGUGCGUGUACUCAUACGGGACUCGUAAGAGAAGGUCAAGUAUACUUUGACAUGAUGGUGAAUGAUCUUCGCAUUUCUCCGACGAUGGAGUUGUAUUCGUGCAUGGUUGAUCUGUACAGCAGAGCUGGUAUGCUGGACAAAGCUAUGGCUCUUAUUGACGGGAUGCCCUUUCCUGCGGGGCCGACUGUUUGGCGUACACUAUUGGCUGCAUGCCGAGUGCAUCGAAAUUUAGAGCUUGGCAAAUUUGCAGCUGAAAAGCUCAUUUCGUGUCAACCGCAGGACUCGGCUGCAUACGUCUUGUUGGCUAAUUUAUACGCUGCGUCUGGACACUGGCCAGAUCGAACGAAAGUGAGAAAACUGAUGGACGAGAGAAAAGUUAAAAAGGAAACCGGGUAUAGCUGGAUUGAAGUGAAGAAGAAGACGUACUCUUUCAUAGCUGGCGAUGUUUCGCAUCCUUUAUCGGAUCAGAUUUACAAGAAACUCGGAGAAUUAAGUAUUCGGUUGAGGGACGCAGGAUAUCGGCCGGAUACGAAUUAUGUACUCCACGACAUUGAAGAGGAACAGAAAGAAGCCAUCCUUUCUCGGCACAGUGAGAGGCUUGCUAUUGCCUUUGGAUUGAUUUCGAUACCUAAUGGCAUUCCGAUACGGAUCAUAAAGAAUAUUAGAGUUUGUGGUGACUGCCACGCGGUGAUUAAGCUAAUAUCAAAGCUGGAAGGGAGAGAAAUUAUCGUAAGGGAUUCGAAUCGAUUUCAUCACUUUAGUGAAGGUUUGUGCUCUUGCGGUGAUUACUGGUGACAUUUUCAAGAAGUUGCGAAUUGACUACCGAAUUCAUCAGAGAGAAUAACGUUAUUGGUUGUAAAUAUAGAAUUUUGGUACUCGAGAUGGAUAAGACAAUCGAAAUUCAAUUUUGCCAUCAUGUUGACGUUUUCAUCUGCUUCUUUAUGUCUUCUUUGACACGGUUGAAUGUACAAGCAGUGACCUUCAUAUUUGUAUUUUAGGGUUCAACAUUUUGGAAAGUUUUGCUAUUUCCAUUGUUGUGUGUAAGAAUGCUGCAUAAGAAAGUGAAUCAAGAAUUGCUAAUGGUGAUUAGUUUGAUUCUUUGGGAUUUUAUUGACAGCAAUAUUCGAGUU